CAUCCCGACACUGUGCCAUCAUCUUCCUUUUAUCUUCAAAACCAAUAACAGUUCAUCCAUCCAUGGUCACGCCAUUCACGAAACGAUCACAGCAUCAAGACAAUGGGUUGUUGUCGAGCCCUGUGUGUACAACACGCGAUUACGCCUCCGAGCCAGCUCGAACCCUUCAGCAGCAGGAGAAUCCCAAGAACAGGGAAUUGUUACAGUUUGAAAAGGGCAUCGUCAUCAAGCAGAAGGAGAGUACAGGGAGUGAGAUGCGAGAUAGGAGACUUCAUAGGAGGAGAUCUGGUGAAGCUGGACAUCGGGCGGUGGCUUGCUGACGUGGAAGAACACAAGGCCAUAGCCAUAUACACUCCCCACGAAGGAGGCUACGAGGGCCGGUACCUGAACCGGCUCAGAUACCAAGGCUACUACUUUCUCGACCUCUCGGCUCGCGGUCUCGGCGACCCUGAGACCACCCUCCUCAAACCCUACCCCGUCUGCCCUGCCCACCUGGGGAAACAGCCUAUAGCAAGGUGGUAUUACCCGCCGGAAGUUGACUACAGGCUAGCCGCUCUCCCCCCUGAUGCGAAAGGCCUUGUCGUCUGGGUCAUCGAAGCUAAGGUUCUUUCAAAGUCGGAGCUCCAGUUUCUUGCGCUCCUUCCGUCUCUCCGCCCCAAUGUCAGGGUCAUCGCUGAAUGUGGCAACUGGAGAAAAUUCAUGUGGAAGCCACUUAAGGAGAUUGCAAGUCUAGCUCCAGACCAGUAAAUCAGUACAUAGUUGUCUUUGUUUUAUUAUCCAAAAGUUCACCGGAACAUUGAUCCAAUUGCAUCUUUCGCUCGCAGAAUUCUGAAAAUUCAGAUGAAUAUCUUUUUUCAAAUGAAAACUCGAACCUAGAUUGAAAAAGAGAAUUUGGCCAACGAUUCCAAUGAUACAUUUUCUCAUAUUAAUCGUAAUUACUAAAAAUGGAUUGUUGUAAUCGAUCUUUCAAUUAUUUUAUAUGCUCUGUAUUAUAUCAUUGCUAGUA